CCAAAACUUUUGACAAUCGAGUAUAUGAUUACAUUCAUGAAUUUUUCAUUUCAUUAUUAUUUUUCUUCAUUUGGUAAAUGACAGAGUAAUCACCAUCUUACUGGAUGAAUAAUAUACUGAUUAGCAUAUUUUAACAUAACUGCCAUCUGCUAUCUUCCUCAACAUCAUCCUCUUCCCAUCACGUAUCCCUUCAUCUUAUUUCAUCCAUUUCAGUUAUUUCAUCUUGCCUCUCUAGGUCUGAUUCUCCAAUCGUGGACCGAACAGUCUUUCUCCAAAACCAUACAACUGCCUGAUCUUGUAAAAGAUUCAUAUCCUCAUUUUCUUAAAACAGUUUCGGAAUUGAACUGCAAUGUUCACAGAACAGUUAGUAUGUUAGUGGUUUUAUUACUGCAAAAAUAUGUUUGCAAAAUAAUUAUUACCAUUUAAUAUUUAACAAGAGACAUUUCAAGCUUAGAAGUUUAUAGUCCAGAAAAAUGCCAUGCACUCACCAACCUCAUCAUCAAUAUGAAGCCCUGCUCCUCUAAUCAUGCAGAGAUCAAGAUCUUUAGUUAAUGUUCAUUGCCUGGUCUUUUUCCAGUCUUUAUAAUCCUAGAUUCCUAGCCAUCAGGAGUGGAAACUGAUAAGGUCUUCUUCUGUUGUAGUUAAUCUGCCAGGGUGUGCAUUCUGAGAUGCAUCACAGUUGUAAAGAGUAGCUGUUUGAGUUACCAUAUCGAUCCUGUGAGCUCGAAGCAUCCUGGCCAUUCUCCUCCGACCUCUCUCAUCAACAAGGUGUUUCCAUCCCUGCUCACUGGAUUGUGCACCAGUCGGUGUAAACUCAAAUCAGCAGAGAUCAACAGUUUCUGAGAACACAAACCAGCCCAUCAACAACCAUGCUCACAUCUUUCUCCUUUCUGCUUUUGGCUGUGAACGUUGACUGAAGCUCUGGGCCUGUAUCUGUAUUUGAUUUAUGUAUUUGAUGUCUCAUAAUUGGCUGGUGGCUUAGUGGUUAGCACGUUCGCCUACACCUCCAGUGUCUCGGGUUCGAGUCUUGCUCUCGCUCACUGUGUGUGUGGAGUUUGCAUGUUCUCCCUGUGCUUGGUGGGUUUGCUCCGGUUACCUCCCACAGUCUAAAAACAUGCUACUAGGCUGAUUGGAGUCUCUAAAUUGCCUGUAGUGUGUGUGUGUCCUGCGAUGGGUUGGCACUCCGUCCAGAGUGUAUCCUGCCAUGAUGCCUGAGAUAGGCACAGUCUCCCUGUGACCUGAGGACAGAUCAGAUAAGCAGUACAGACGUUGAAUGAAAUUAAAUGAUUGGCUGAUUAUAUAAUUACAUGAAUGAGUAUUAUUAAAAUGGCCAGUGAGUCACUUGCAAUAAAUAAUAUGUUGAGCUUUAUUAAACACAGUGCUUUAUUUAAACAAAGGUUUCUCAGCUUAGAAAGUUUUUUUUAGUUCAUGCAAAACACUGGUUUCAAAAUUAUUGACACCCCUCAGUGGUUUUAAAACCUCCUCUGGGGAGAAUAGUUUGGAAACUCCUCCAUGAAAACAAUCCCUUUUAGGUUCAUUUGCCUUUUCAGCUUAGAUCCCAGAUUUUCACUGGGGAUCAGUAGACCGAUGCAGAAUGCCGUGUCAAAAAUUCUGUAAUCUACUGCAGGUUGAAUUUGCAAGAUUUUGAAGAUGGAUUAAAAGAGCAGAUUUGCAUUAUACUCAUUCCAAGAAUCCUUUAUAACCGAGAAUACUGAGAAGAUGAAGUGAAGAUUUGACUUUAGACAACUAUAGCAUUGUUGCUGAUAAAGGAGAGGGGUAAAACCAAAGCUAUUUUUUUGAGAUAGAAGUGAAUAUCUUAUGAGAUAACGAGUGAAUUAAAGUUUUUGCAUUCCUCUACUCUCAUAGCCAGACACUUUCCUCCCUUCCUGCCACCAUUAUCUGGAUUCAUUUCCAUGUCACCAGGAAACACAGGGAGGGCUUCUCUUCUUCAGCUUCAGGCUUCACCCAGCUACUCCCCAAAGAUUACAGAUUCUGGUAUCAGACAUCAUGUACUUAGUUAAUGCAGUUCAAACCAUGUGUGAUAUAUAAAGGCUGCAUUAUAUCAGUGUUAAGUAAACCGGCGAGAGCUUAGAAUGUGAUUUGUGAAUGUGGAAGGUGUCAGAACUCAGAGCCCAUCUCUGGGUAGACACAUCACAGGGUAGUCCAGUGUCUUCUCCAAUCACCCAUUACUUAUUAUGUACUUGCAAAGGUUAACCAAACUGAUGAAUAAUAAAAUAAAAACACUUCUUCAGCCUUGGAUGUGAAGGAGCAAACUUGGCUUUAUUGCAGUAAGAUGUCUCUCAGCAACAAAAAAACCCCAAAAUGACACUCAAAAAGACACGAAGUGUCAGGCUCGAUGCAACAUCCCCUCUACACUGAUCAGGCAUAACAUUAUGACCACCUGCCUAAUAUUCUGUUGGUCCCCCUGUUGCUGCCAAAACAGCCCUGACCCGUCAUGCACUGUGUAUUCUGACACCUUUCUAUCAGAAACAGCAUUAACUUCCUCAGCAAUUUGAGCAACAGUAGCUCGUCUCGAUCACACGGACCAGCCUUCGCUCCCCACGUGCAUCAAUGAGUCUUGGCUGCUUCACCACUGUUCCUUUCUCUGACCACUUUUGAUAGAUACUGACCACUGCAGACCUGGAACACCCCACAAGAGCUGCAGUUUUGGAGAUGCUCUGAUUCAGUGGUCUAGCCAUCACAAUUUGUCAAACUCGCUCAAAUCCUGCUGGCUGUUGUGGCUAGGGCUCUUCUCUUGUCCUGCUGCACUAAAGGCUACUGUGAUUAGAGCUUCUCACACCUGCUGCUGCACUCAAGGCUACUUCCAGGUUCCCACCCUGACUCAGAACCUGUUCUCAGUUAACACAUGUGUUAGUAUAUAAUAUAAGAAGAAGAUAUCAAACAUUGAGUUACAUGUGAGAUGCAACAUGUGACCCUAAAAAAACUUUUAAAACCAUCUUUCCCUCUUUGAUGUAUAAGAGUUAAAUGUGAUGUUCAUAUACGAUAUAGUGGGCGUUUUAGGGCACACACACACACACACACACACGCAAAGGCAACACGCACAUGUGCGCGCUCACAGUUUAGAUAUCUCUCUCUCGCGCGCGCGUGAACGCGCUCUGAACGUAAAAGGAUCUCUGCAGCUGUUUGCAAGAAACGUCUAGCGUUAGUUUGUUAUUUUUAUUUUUUAUUAGUUCAAUUUUAUUAUUUUAUUUUUUAGGGGUUUUAUUUUGGGAGAAAAUGGCUACUCGUAAACACAGAGGGAUACCUCUAAGCUCGCUCAAUCCUAAAUUUCUUCACACAAACUCGACCAGCCAUACCUGGCCCUUUAGUGCUAUUGCUGAGCUGAUUGAUAACGCUUACGAUCCAGAUGUUCGUGCCAAGCAGUUCUGGAUAGACUGGACACGCAUCAAAAACCUGGACUGUAUCUCAUUCAUGGAUAAUGGAGCAGGAAUGACCAGAGCCAAACUUCAUAAGAUGCUCAGCUUUGGUUACAGUGACAAGAAAGCUUUGAGAGACCAUGUUCCAGUCGGUGUCUAUGGCAACGGCUUUAAAUCAGGAUCCAUGCGACUGGGGAAAGAUGCCAUCGUCUUCACUAAGACCAGAGACUCGAUGAGCAUAGGCCUGCUCUCACAGUCUUACCUACAGGCCAUAAAAGCUCAGCAGAUCAUGGUGCCUAUUCUCACCUUCAGACGUGAUGGACAGAACCUACCAGAGGAUGCAGCCAGUCUAGAUGCGAUCCUGAGACACUCGCUGUUCAGUACAGAGAAGGAGCUGUUCACUGAGCUGCGUGCCAUCAGCACUGCCGGACCCACUGGCACACGCAUCAUUAUCUGGAAUCUGCGCAUGACUACAAAUGGGGAGACAGAAUUCAACUUCGAUGCAGAUAAAUAUGACGUUCAGAUCCGGGCAAAUGCUAGUGAGAAAACACAGGAGUGUCGAGCCAUGACCCCGGAGAGUGACUAUUCACUGAGAGCGUAUUGUAGCAUUUUGUAUCUGAAGCCACGCAUGCAAAUCAACAUACGAGGACAGAAAGUGAAAACCCAGCUCAUCUCCAAGAGUCUUGCUUACAUUGCCAAUGACAACUACAGACCUUCAUUCCUAACCAAACGUAUUCGGAUCACGUUUGGGUUCAACACCAAAAGCAAGGAGCAUUAUGGUAUUAUGAUGUACCACAAAAACAGACUCAUCAAGGCUUAUGAGAAAGUGAGCUGCCAACGCAAGGUAGAGAGAAAGGGUGUUGGGGUCAUCGGUGUGAUUGAAUGUAAUUUCCUUCAGCCGACUCACAACAAACAGGAUUUUGAUGAUACAGAUAAAUACAGGAAAACCAUGCAUAACCUCAGCAUCAAGCUGGAAGAGUACUGGAACGAGAUCCGCUACACACGGAAGAAAGAGGACCCAAAAUGCACAGUUCCAAUAGAGGACACAAUGAAAGUUCCGGAUCAAGUCUGGGUACAGUGCGACAGCUGUCUGAAGUGGAGAAGGCUUCCAGAUGGCUUUGACUGCAGCCGGCUGCCUGAGAAAUGGUUCUGCAACAUGAACCAUGACCCACAAUUCAGGAGCUGUCUAGUGGAGGAGGAACUGGAAGAUCAAGAAGAGGAACAGAAGUCAUACCCCAAACCCUUCAAACGACAGAAGAGGAACAGUAAGAGUCUACCGGAUGAGCAUGGGCCGGAGGUAUUAGAAAUUCCAGCCUUGGAAGCUCCUGCUAAUGCUAGCCAGCUGAAAAAUUUCGCAACCUGGAAGCCAUCUCCUGCUGAUCUGCUCGGGAACAGUGCAACAGGCCUCGGUGUUCUGUCAUCCACUUCUUAUGCUCAGCGAUCACCUCUGCCUCUGAUUAAUCUCUCUGCUCUCUCUGACUCAUUGAAAAGGAUUAAAAGGAGACUCUCUACUGCUGAAGAAACGCCUCCAGCGGUACAUCCUACGCCUUGUGCCUCUUUUCCUCCUGAUGCUUUGCCCCAAGUUGGUGGCGUGUUCAUUCAAACACAUUCCAGUUUUGCACCAAACAAAGAAGAGAGCGAAUGGGAGGAGACGGAAAAUGAGAACAACACAAACGCAGACAUACAAAUGAACAACAAAGAGAGCAGUAAGACUGUGAGAUUCAAGCCGUAUCAGGAGCCUGUUCAGGAGGAGGAUGAGUGGUAUGCUACAGAGGAAUCACCCAGUACAGAAAACCAGUACUGUACAGUAGAAUCACACUCUAUGGAGGAAGAGGGAGAGGAGUUGCAUGAUGAUAACGAGGAACAGUGGAGACUGCAGCAGCAACAGGAUAAGUUGAUGGACAUGAUGGAGCAGACGGCAGAAGAGAGGGAUGUGUGUAGGAAGGAGCUGGAGCUGCUGCGGGAUCACUGCACUGCCCUGGAAGAUGAGAGGAGACAGCUCCUCAGCAAGCUGGAAAAGAUGGAGAAAGAGAAAGCCAGCUUGUCCUCACUGUGUGACCAACUAAAGUGCAAAGUGGAAGGGCUGAAAACAGAGAAUGAAGAAAGGCUGAGAGAAAACGGCCGAAAUGGAGAAGAAAGGCAGAAGCUGAGGAAGCUCCGGAUCAACCUGGGCCACUUGCUGGUUUCCGUCAUUCCCGAUCUCGACCUGCGGCAGGUGGAUUUCAACAGUGACGUCAUUGACGAGCUUCUUCACCAGGUCUUAAAGGAAGUCACUUAAGGUCAAGCCAGGGCUGUAUUACAUGUCAGGUUUGCUAUUUCUUUAUGGUCAAUUAACCAUGAUAUCCCUGAUAGCUCAUGGUUUCACUGCUGGCUUAGUCAAGGUGAGAUCAUCGCUGUAUAAAAAGUAUUUACGAUUGUGGCCCAGCCUAGGCUUAGCAGACAGCAACGCUGGUAAUGGGAUAUGUUUCUAAGUCAGUUUUUAUUGCCUUUCACUGUCGCAAACAUCUUUACAUUACUUACCAAAUAAUUAGCAAGGCAUAAUAAUUGAAAGUAGCACAAUAUUUUACAGUGUAGGCAAGGAUUUAUACAUUUUGUUUAAUGAUAUAAAAAUAAAUG